CUGGCUUUUCAGAUGUCCUUUCCAUGCGAAAGAUUUAUUCGAUGAGAUGUUGAUAAUGCCGAUGGGACUGAUUGCUGAAAAGGCAUAUCCUAUGUUUCUGCCUGUCCCUGCAAGUUGUUUCUGGAAACUCUCCUUGAUCUUGGCAGCCUUGCGAGUUGGCUUGUACGGGCGGUAUAGGUACUCCUUGAUCUUUCUGGCGAUCAGAGAAUGAGGUCUCGGGGACGGCAGGCCGGAACUAUACAACCUUGUGCAGUCGGUGAGUGUGAGUCCGAACUAAAUAGGAUCAAAAGUGCCAUCCUGUUCUGCACCGAUCCAGGAGCAUUGUUUUGGAUGGCAUGGGCUACGACGCCCACACCGACAUUUCAUCAUAUCGUCCAGUGACGAUUUGCAAACGACAAUAUAAACGCCGCAAAGACACGGGAGUCCUGCAAACAAACAAGGGCCGUCAGAUGGAUGCCCUGACUUAACAGGCCGUUACUUUCCUGUCUUUCACUUUUACACUUUCUGUGGCGCUGGCACUACCCGGAGUUGCACCCUUUCCCCACACACUUCAACCUCGCGUCUUGUCCUGUUUCAACUGCUGUCUGAUAUGUCAAUUCGUCUUGUUCUGCGUCUGUCUACUGACAUGGUCCAUGUCAUCCGCCUCAAUUGAAGUGCCAAUUGAAGUGCGCCAUGCUUGGCCUCCGGUGCUCUUCUGUUUGAACAAUUCAAUGGGAGAGCCCCUGAUGGCUCAACGGUGAAGGUGCCACCGGCAUCGCUUUCCCCGAGAGCCAUAGCCAUAUUGCCCCCGGGGUUGUCUACUUCUAAAGUACGAAUCAUUCCUCUCGCGUCCCUGGAAUUGUGACAAAAGUUUCCUUCUUCAUGACCAAUUUGGUCCGGACUCCUUCUACUGGACUUGAAAAGAAGUCUCCCCUUUGCUCAAAACUGUCCAUUUUGGGAUCAAUAUUUAUCCAAGCGACCGCCACAAUUACUCAAGGUCUCUCCAUUGUCCAUUACGUUUAUUGCAGCAUUUCAUGGACUACAUCCACGUGCCUGACAUGACCCCCUGAACAAGCCACAGUACAUGCUCGUGAACAAAGCACCCCUCUCUUCUUCAUCCAGAGCCUUCCAGCUUGUAUGUCCUUUGGGAUAUAUGCUCCUUCCUUUGUAUAUCCUUGUCGCGCUGACAAUAGUCUUCUCUGCCUCUUCUCUCUCCACUCCUGAGCUGGAGAGAUCUCGCGCUCAUGUCAUACAUUGCGACAAUGUUCUCCCGCGAGUCUUCCCCUCGCCGUCUCCUCGCCGAUGUAAGCAUGGCUUCAUCUGUGACUGGAUCAUUCCGCAUUCAGAAAAGGACGACAUCAUCAACCUGCCAAGCACCUAGCUGGCACCAGAUCACACGAAUGAUUCAAGGACCACAGCAAACAUCCACGAUGUCUUCUUUCGUCCCUGAUCCUCAGCGCACUGCCCAGGUCCUUCAACAACAACAACAGAAACAAAUGGAAGAAGAGUCCUGGAAGAAGGCAGCGACGGUCAGCCAACACCAUCUUAGGACCGUGUACAAGGAGUGGAAGAUGGCGCUGGACUUGAGCAAAAAAGGCAGCAUUGUCCUCAAUGGUAAAGGUCUGCGGAUCGGGGCUGUCGUCGCGGUAGCAAAGUUCGGGUGUAAGCCCUUUGUCGACCUCAGUGAGAUAUGCGUGCAGGUAGCACUUAGCACAGCCACUCUCCAAGAGCGCAUGAACCAAGGAGAAAAAAUCUAUGGAGUCAACACAGGGUUCGGAGGCAGUGCUGAUACACGCACGAUGGAUCACGAGGCUCUGCAACGUGCUUUGACCCAACAUCAGCAGUCCGCCGUUCUGGCCAGGAACGAUUUAGGUCUUGGUGAUGAAGAGACAGAGACUUCGUCUGCCAUGCCCACUUCCUGGGUCCGCGGUGCCAUGGUGGUCCGCGUCAACAGUCUCGUUCGAGGCCAUUCCGGCGUUGGAUAUAAACCUAUCGAGACCCUCGCCGAGAUGGUUCGACGAGACAUGAUCCCGAUUGUCCCCCUUCGAGGUUCGAUUUCUGCGUCCGGAGACCUCAUGCCUUUGUCCUACAUCGCCGGUGCGUUGCAGGGGAACCCGGACAUUUUUGUCCGUGCUGGAAAGGGCAAGGAGCGCAAGACCCUUAGUGCGCCGGAUGCAUUGGCAGAGAUCCAUCGUCUCAAAGUAGAGGAACAAACAGCCAAGAGAGAGAAGGAGCUCGAGGAAAUCAAGGCGAAAGAGGUUGAAGAGAGCAAGUUGAGCAACAAAGCCAGGAAGAGGCUAAAGAGGGAGAGAAAGUUUCAAGAAAGUCUGGGAAACGCAAACGACCAACCCCAAGUACUCGAUGCUGCAACAGCGCUCAAGGAUCUCGAAAAGAACCCUUUUGGCCCUGUCGUGCUCCAGGGAAAGGAUGGACUCGCUUUGGUCAAUGGUACCGCACCAUCUGCUACAGUCGCUUCACUGGCACUCUAUGAGACAAACCUCCUUGUGUUUCUGGCACAAGUGAUUACCUGCGUCACGUCUGAGGCCUUGUGUGCCAACGUGGAAUGGGUUCAUCCGUUCAUUGCAGAGAUCCGCCCACAUCACGGCCAGAUGGAAGUGGCACGCAAUCUGCGAAUGCUGUUGCGAAACUCAAAACUGGUGAGCUCUCUAUCCGGACCUGCGCCCAUCGCCCGGGGGAAAGAGGGCCUCGCACAGGACAGAUAUGCUAUCCGAAGCUCACCGCAGUGGCUAGGCCCGCAUGUCGACGACUUGUUUCAGUCCACCCUCCGCAUGGGGAUCGAGCUCAAUUCAACCACUGACAACCCGGUGGUCAGCUCGGUUUCGCAGAAGGUGUACAAUGGCGCAAACUUCCAGGCAACCGAGGUGGCUGUCGCGAUGGAGAAAGCGCGUCUUGCCAUGCAGAUGAUUGGGAAGAUGCUUUUCGCCCAGACCAGCGAGCUGAUCAACCCGAACCUGAGCAAUGGUCUUCCGCCCAACCUGGCAGCAGACAACCCGAGCCUGUCAUUCUGUCUCAAGGGAGCGGAUAUUAACAUGGCUGCAUAUCAAUCCGAGCUGGGAUUCCUGGCCAAUCCAGUUACUUCGCACGUGCAAUCCGCCGAGUUGCACAACCAGUCCAUCAACUCGCUGGCUCUUGUUGCCGCCCGAUAUGCUAUGAAGAGUGUUGACACUUUGUCGCUCAUGACGGCCACGGCCAUCUACAUUGGUCUCCAGGCGGUCGAUAUGCGCGUGAUGCAUAUGACGUUCCUUGAGUAUUUUCCGGGAGAAGUCAAGAAAUACAUCUUACAGGGCUACGGGGACAAGAUCUCAGCUGAAGACUUCGAGCUGAUAUUCAAAGCCAUCAAGCCCGAGAUCCAUCGAUCUUGGAUUGCGAAUUCGAGUCGGGAUCUCGAAGACCGCUGCCGCAUGGUGUCCAGGUCAGUGACCACAACUGUUUUCACUCUGCUCGGAGACCGAGCUGCGAAAGACACCCUUGAGUGGCAGCGAACCAUUUUCCAAGGCACAGACACGUUGCGCAGAUGCAUUGCCCAACGCAUGCCCGUGGCCUUUGUCCAGUGGCGGCAAACUUUUGCUGAAGACACUGCCAGAAAGACGGUGCCCAUGCUCAGCGAUAGUACUAAGGCUUUGUACCAGUUUGUCCGAGACGAGCUUGGUGUGCCAUUCCAUCUUGGUCUGGUCGACGACCCGUUGAGCGAGCCGACUUCGAACACCACUACCGAUGUCGAAGAACGGUACCUCGCUGCCGCCAGAGAAAGUGACAAAGCGAAAGCCCCAGGUGCUACUGCUCGACCAAAGAAAACUAUUGGGUCGUGGAUUUCAAUCAUCUAUGAGGCUAUUCGAAAUGGAAAGUUGCCUGGUCACCUUCUGGACACAUUCAAGCUCGAUAUCAUGCCUGACGACUUUCAGCAUGGUCCGGACGCGGCCUGUAAGAAUGGGCAUGGUCCAGCGCAGGGUUAGCCUUCAGGGCUCAUUUGCUGCAGCAUUCGGUUCGAUCUCGGCAUCAAAAAAUGGGAGAUCAACACCCAUCGAUAUUUGCGGCCCCGCGAAUGGGUUUAUCAAGGGGCUAUAGCUGAGGGCUGGAGGUAAUGUUACUGCAGAAACACGGGGGUUUGGUUGCUCGGUCCAGGACCAAAUUCGGAUGGCCGCGAGUCAGUGCCAUGGUGAUCGCCCAAGAGUGUACUAAGGAGCGAAUGUUUUGUUUUGAGUAUGACUGACUCCACAUGCAAACCAGAGAAUCGCGAAGCAAUGGUUUUAAAUGAGCUUGAGAAUAGAAUAGACCGGGGCUGUAAUUGACAGAAUGAAACCACGCAAAAUGACUUCUAGGUCAAGGUUGCGAUGAUGGAUGGUCAAGAUGUAACUCGUCGAAGUGGUUUCCGGCACGGCAUUCCCUUGCAACACAUUAGACAGGCUACUAGUAACAUUGAAAUUAUUCUUGUCCA